CACCCACUCUCUCUCUCUCUCUUUCUCUCUCCAUGGAAGCUCCCGAUUUGAGUUGUCUUUUCUAAAAGGGCACAUGUAUAAUUUUAGAUGUGCGUGGUUAGGCUGAGAUAUUAACACGGCUCACUUGCGACUACCAAACCUCCGUUCUAAGAUCAUUGGAUUCUUACAUACUUUGUGCCAAUCUGGGCACUUUGGAUUUAUUUCUGCUCAUCUACCCAAUAAAUAUAUUGCCUUUCUGAACAAGGCAGGACUACUCCACAUCUUUGUAUUACUCUUUGACUUACAGACUAAAUUUCAUAUCGUGGUGCCUUGAAUUUGGAGAAAUAUCAGUGGAUUACUUGUGAUUUUUUAGUUGAAGUUUUCUCCCCUGGAUAUUACAGGUGGAUGAGAUUGAGGAUGAAUAGAACACAGCUCCUACCAGUAGCCUUCCUGGUGUUACUCUCAGCUAUCUGUAAGGCUCGACCAGCAGAUAGAACACCACAUGAUCUCUCUAACACAGUCUAUCAGGUUGGAACUCAGACCAUUCUGGACCUGGUAGUAGAUAAACUCAACAGACUACAACAGGAGAUGGAUGAACUUAAACAACAACAAAUCAUCACUUUGGAAACCAGAGAGGGAACUUACUCAGAUACUACAUCAAUCCAUAGAAUAGUUGGUCCAGCACCCCUAGACUGCCAUGAAGUGCGACGAAGAGAACCACGAGCUGUGAGUGGUGUCUAUAUGAUCAAACCAAGAGGUCAGUUUGAUGCUUUACCUAUCUACUGUGAGAUGGACAAAGAGGGCUACGGAUGGACAGUCUUCCAAAGACGUAUGGAUGGAUCAGAAGACUUCAACCGUCACUGGCGCGACUACUCACGAGGGUUCGGCAAUGUCAGCUCUGAGUUUUGGCUGGGCAAUGAAUUCCUUCACCACCUCACCAUGCAGUAUAACUACAUCCUACGCGUUGAAGUGACGGACUGGUUCAACAGGAAAUACAUCGCUGAUUACUCCGGUUUUGAAGUGGAUAGCAAAAGAAACGACUUUAGAAUGACAAUCGAGGAGUUUCUAGGAGGGAACGCGACGGAUGCACUGACCUAUCACAGCGGGAGUAAGUUUACGACGACGGAUAAAGACAAUGAUGAUAGUGAAGGUGUAAACUGUGCUGUUGUACAUCAUGGCGGAUGGUGGUUUCAGGCUUGUGAUAGAUCCAAUCUCAAUGGAUUGUAUUAUCAGGAUGGUACAUACGGUGGAGAGUGGGACGAUGGCAUUGAAUGGAAAGAAACAGAUGGACCACCGUUCUACUCCUACAAGGCAACUAAAAUGAUGCUAAGACCAUGGGAAUAAUCAGGACAUUUCAGAACAAUCAAAAACAAUUGUAAAAGUGUCUUCAUUCCCAUUUUAUGCUGAGUGUAUUCUAUCCUGUAAAUACAGUAUUUUUGUCUACCUUCAACUUGCUAUUAGCCAAAAUAUCCUGUAUUUCAAAAAAAGCUUUGUUACAGUAGCAUUUGCUAUGAUAUGUAAAUGAACCUGUUAAUGAUCCAUUCUGUAAAUAGAUAUAAUGUUGGUUCAAAUUCCAUGGUAAACUGGAGUGAAACAUGAGUGUGAUACUACUUUCAUCUCAAUAAAUAAAUCAAUUAAAAAUUUAAUUUUCACCAAAUUUCUUACUUAACUGAAUGCACUCUUUCACACGCAUCGAUCGGCAGAAAAAUAGUGAAGAAUAUAAUUCACAUCCCCCAUCUCACCUUCAUCAGGAAUGUGGGUCUCAACUCCAUGCCUUCAAUCACUUAGCAGCAUAGAAUGACACAUCACAUAACUGGGAAAAAUCUGGGCCAGCUAACAAGAUAAUGUAAACCCUACCUGGUUUCCGUAGAAGAAGCUGUUAUAUCCAGUUGUUUCUAAGCAUGCCCCGUAAGGUGCGAAGGAUGCAGGUAGAGCUUUAGGUGUGUAGAGGGGCUUCAUACCACCGCUAUGGGGUGCAAACAGGUCAUCUUGCGGGUACACGCUUACUCUGUGCUCAUCCUAAGGUCAAGGAAAUAAAAUGAGAAGAACUGGAGGAAUUAUAUUUUGGACCAGAAAACAUUCCUUCUGAUUUUCAACUAGCUUAACAUUUCACUACACAAACAUGUACAAGGUGAACUUUUUUCAACUUACUAUUCAACUCUAUCUCCAUGGAUACUAAUUGUCAAAUUUUCACCAUUUCAUCAGUGAUCUGCUGCUUUUGAGCAGGCUGUUCAAAGUCUUAAUGUUUUAGUGUAUCUCUGCAUAAGAUUGAAUGUGGGAAGAGACUGAUCUCUACAUGCACUAUUUAUCAUUCAAGGAAAGCUGUCACCAACUGAGCUGGCUUCCCACAAGUUUACAUUUCUGAUUUUGAAGAAAAGAAAAGAAAAGAAAAAAUCAAAAAUCUCAGUAGGAUAUUCACAAACAUAGUUUUGCUUCCUCAUCAUUUUCUCAUGGAGUAUUUAGGUCAACAAUUGAAAACGAAAGAGAAAGAGUAUGAGAGAGAGGGAGAGAGAGCAGAAGAGAAAGAGGAGAGAGAGAGAAAGAGGAGAGAGAGAAAGAGAGAGAGAGAGAGAGAGAGAAUGUGUGUGGGGGUUGGAGGGGUAGAGGUUGUUGCACAACAAGAUGAAAUCCUCUCUUUUAAUAUAAUUUGGGGUUUGCUGAUACACUGUAGAUUUAAAAAACUUAAGCAGCUGGUGUUAAUGUAGCAGAUAACAUCUUUAUGUAAAUGAUAAUUUCAUAAUUAUAUAACUUGAUGUUAUUCCCUUACAUUCUGCUCAUUAAAUUGCUUACAAACUUUCAACACUAAAGACAACAUAUUUGUUAUUUGGGUAGCAUGACACUACUGAAUUCAUUUAUCUUAAAAAUUAAAAAAUAAAUCUGUAGAUUCAGCUUACAUUCUACUAUUCCACUUCAAUACUUAGAAUAAUUGUAAGAUUAUAGUUACAUUUUGAGCAGGUUUUGGCCUAGUUCUUAAUUUUGAUAAUUUAUUCAAGCAUUGGUUUUACUUCUAAAAUUCAUAUGAGAUGAAUGGAUAUAAUCAAUACAUCUAACCUUCUUAUUUCUUCUACACAAACCAAGUCAUCCAGCUAAUAUUUCUUUCAAGAAUUGUUUUGAUUCUCAUAAUUUGUUCACAGUAAGAGUGUUGAAAGAUUUUUUUCAGAUAAGUUGUACAUACUCCAAAUGUAAUUAUUUAACACUAACGUAUCUUUAUCCACAUAAUCAGUAUUCCAUUUUGAGGCAUCUAUUGGCCAUGUUGUAUACUGUCCUAUAUAUUUGAUUGUAAAUAAAUGAUUGCAAACCUUACACUAUGCCACAGUAAUCAUAUUUACUCUUUUGAUAAUAGAUUUAUAUAUGAAGAGUCAGAUGUUUUUGUUUAGUCACAAUGCUAAUUUGGUAAUUAACUAUUGUGGUAUUAUCACUAUUGUUUACCCUCAAAAUCUUGUAUUCAGUGGAUUAAUUCAUAGAUCUUGGUAGUUAUUCACCUGAUUUCAAUUAAUAUAGAAAUAUUUUUUUUCAUUUAAUGAAGCAGUUUGUAUUCUAUGAAUGAAAGCUUUUCUUGGAGUUUAUUCAAAAUUUUAUUAUAAUGCGUUGUGAUGAGGUAAUUAUUUUGAUAUAAAAAUUAUUUUGUUUAAAAUGCAGGAUUAUAAUUAAAUGACAGAGGAGAACAGCGUGUUGUAUCAACUUUGAGUCCAAACUAUUCAACAAAAAUAUAACAAAUUACAUAAAAGAUAUAGAAUAUAGGAUGAUGAUAAAAGUAAAAAGGUAAGGAAUACAUCCUUAAUUUUUGUUAUUUCAUAUAACACCUUUCGGUAGUAUAAGGUAGACCAUAAAAGCAUUAUCGUAAAUGCCUUUAUAUAAAAUAAAGCACAAAUUUUUAUCACAAAUUAUACAUGUAUUCACUUCAACAAAGCAUUGCUAAGUUAAUUUUUCAAAAUGUUAAUAACUAACCAUUUGCAGCGAUGUUUAAAAGUAAUUUUGUCUUUGUUUGAAUCUCGAUCAGUGAUUUAUUCUCUGAAUUGUUCUGUAAGGAACCUGCUUUGACUGAACAUCAAUUGUAUUUUCUACUUGAUAGAAUUAUCAAGUUUGUUUGAGAAGUGUGGUGAAUGUUGUAUGAUAUCUAUUAUAAACAUUGUGACAUUUCAAAAUAAAGCUAAAAUAUGAC